UGGCCAUUCUUCUUCUUCAGUACCCCCCUUCCCUUCCCUUCCGUUCCCUUCUCCUCCUUCCCUCCCUGUGUCAAAAUCUAGAGAGAGAAACACCCCAACUCAAAGCUAGAGAAAGAAGGAGGGGGGAGAGAGAGAGAGAGAGAGAGAGAGAGGUUCAAUCGAGAGCAAGCCGUAAUUUCAAUGUCCCAACCGAAGCAGAGGCGGAAGUUCCCGACCAUCGCCGAGUGCACCGGCUCGGCCUACGAGUCGAUUGCUGCGGAUCUCGACGGGACGCUCCUGUUGUCCAGCAGCUCGUUCCCGUACUUCAUGCUGGUGGCCAUCGAAGCAGGGAGCCUCCUCCGCGGCCUCAUCCUGCUCCUCUCCGUGCCAAUCAUUAUUGUCUCCUACUUCUUCAUCUCUGAAUCAUUCGGCAUUCAGAUCCUCAUCUUCAUCUCUUUCGCCGGCCUCAAAGUCCGUGACAUCGAGCUCGCGUCUCGCGCUGUCCUUCCCAGGUUUUAUGCUGCCGAUGUGAGAUCGGACAGCUUCGAAGUGUUCGAUAAGUGCAAGAGGAAGGUGGUGGUGACGGCGAACCCCACCAUCAUGGUGGAGCCGUUCGUGAAGGACUUCCUGGGCGGAGACCAGGUUUUGGGGACGGAGAUCGAGGUGGACCUGAGGACUAAGAAGGCCACGGGCUUCGUAAAGAAGCCCGGCGUGUUAGUCGGGAAACGGAAGCGUCUCGCCAUCGUGAAGGAAUUUGGUGAAGAAGCAGUGCCUGAUCUCGGGAUCGGGGAUCGCGAAACUGAUCACGAUUUCAUGGCCAUUUGCAAGGAAGGCUACAUGGUGCAGAAGAGCAAGUCGGCGACUCGGGCCCCUCUGGACCGGCUGAAGAGCCGAAUCAUCUUCCACGACGGUCGUCUCGUUCAGCGUCCCGACCCACUCAACGCCCUCAUCACCUACCUUUGGCUCCCCUUUGGCUUCGCCCUCUCCAUCCUUCGCGUCUACUUCAACCUUCCCCUCCCCGAGCGUAUUGUCCGCUACACUUACGAGCUCCUCGGUAUCCACCUCGUCAUCCGUGGCCGCCGCCCCCCUCCCCCCUCCCCCGGCACCCCUGGUAACCUCUACGUCUGCAACCACCGCACUGCUCUCGACCCCAUUAUCAUCUCCAUUGCCCUCGGCCGCAAGGUCUCCUGCGUCACCUACAGUGUCAGCAAGCUCUCCCGUUUCCUCUCCCCCAUCCCUGCGGUCGCCCUCACGCGCGAUCGCGAGGCUGAUGCUGCCCGUAUCCGCUCCCUCCUCGAGAAGGGCGACCUGGUGGUCUGUCCCGAGGGGACCACCUGUCGGGAGCCUUUCCUCCUACGUUUCAGUGCGCUGUUUGCCGAGCUCAGCGACAGGAUUGUUCCCGUCGCAAUGAACUGCAAGCAGAGCAUGUUCCACGGGACCACGGUCCGUGGAGUCAAGUUCUGGGACCCCUACUUCUUCUUCAUGAACCCCAGGCCAAUCUACGAGGCCACGUUCCUCGACAGGAUCCCUGAGGAGAUGACGUGCAAGGCAGGUGGCAAGUCACCGAUCGAAGUGGCCAAUUAUGUGCAGAAGGUGCUCGGCGAUGUGCUUGGGUUUGAGCGCACGUCGCUGACCCGGAAGGACAAGUACCUGCUGCUCGGGGGCAAUGAUGGGAAGGUUGAGUCCAUGUACAGUGCGAAGAAAGGUUGAUCUCGCUGCUGGGCCGAUGGUAAUCCUUGGAAUUAUAUCCGAGGUUGGUUUAUUAUUAUAUAAGGAUCUGCCUUGAUAUGGGAUGGUACGGUAAAGGUAGCUAGCUGGGUUACUGGGUACUUGUUUGAUGAUGGACUAUCGAUUGGUCAUGGUGGGAGAGUGAGAAGCCAAAGCGUGCAGAACUGAUCGCCCUGAGUUUGAGCUCGUUACAGUUUCCGAUUUAAUGUUAUAGUGAUUCUCGAAUAAUCCAACAAUCUCACAACUUCAUCUGUCCCAUUAAGAGCGCAACGAACACGGAUAUUCUUCUUCUUGUUCUUAUAUAUGCAAUCCUUUCUUUUAUCA